AAAAGAAAAAUAAAUCUGUUACGGCACAUACUAUAACAAACAAGCACAGACCUGCAUUAUACCAACUACAAAUAUCACCAUUUUCUUCUUUACAUUUUCCUCAUUCAGUCAACUGAAAACGACGACGUUUUUAAAUGACCGGGAAAAUGGUGGAGACGGUGGAGCUUAAGAACGAAGAAGAGCUUUCUCUUCUUUCAGGUUCAGACAAUGGUGACCGGUCAUGGCGGUUGAACUUCGAGUCGUUUCAGCUGUCUUCGGAAUAUCCGGAAAAGACACCCAAACCCCCUCGCGGCCUUCAUGACUGCUACGGCGUUCUCGGUCAAGAAGAUAACAUUGCCGAGUACUAUCAGCAGCAGGUUGAAGUUCUUGAGGGAUUUACUGAAAUGGAUGCUUUAGCGGAGCGUGGUUUUAUUCCUGGAAUGUCAAAGGAGGAGCGAGACAAGUUAGCUAAGAGUGAGACGUUUGCCAUCAGAAUAUCAAACAUAGCGAACAUGGUUCUUUUUGCUGCCAAAGUUUACGCAUCGGUCAGAAGUGGUUCCCUAGCCAUAAUUGCAUCCACUUUAGACUCUCUUCUGGACCUCCUCUCUGGAUUCAUCUUAUGGUUCACAGCAUUUUCGAUGCAAACACCAAACCCGUAUCAGUACCCUAUUGGAAAGAAGCGGAUGCAACCAUUGGGAAUUCUUGUUUUUGCCUCUGUCAUGGCGACACUAGGACUGCAAAUAAUUUUGGAGUCUCUCCGCACAUUAAUAUACUCUGAUAAUACCUUCAACUUGACCGGGGAACAAGAGCGCUGGGUUGUGGGUAUUAUGCUUUCAGUGACGUUGGUGAAGUUCCUACUGAUGAUUUAUUGCCGCUCUUUUAAGAAUGAGAUUGUUAAGGCCUAUGCUCAGGAUCACUUUUUUGAUGUAAUUACUAAUGUGAUUGGCCUCAUUGCUGCACUUUUGGCCAAUUGGUUUGAUGAUUGGAUGGAUCCUGUUGGUGCUAUCAUUCUGGCUUUGUAUACGAUUCGCACAUGGUCAAUGACAGUGUUGGAAAAUGUUAAUUCCCUUGUUGGAAGAUCAGCUGCACCUGAGUAUCUUCAGAAACUAACAUAUCUCUGCUGGAACCACCACAAGGCUGUAAGGCAUAUUGAUACCGUCCGGGCUUACACAUUCGGGUCUCACUACUUUGUUGAGGUUGAUAUCGUCCUUCCAGCAGGCAUGCCUUUACAAGAGGCUCACGAUAUCGGUGAAUCAUUGCAAGAGAAGCUUGAACUUUUGCCCGAGAUCGAACGUGCUUUUGUUCAUCUUGACUAUGAGUACAGUCACAAACCCGAGCACGCCCAAGCGCAUUCUUAGCGGCAAUAUGGAAAAGCAAUGCAGAGUUGUGUAUUUUCAUUUGCCGCACUUUUGUCUCUUGUCUCAUCUCUCAGAUGUAAAUAUGAACCAUUUGAUGUAGAAUCUGAAUCUGUACUAAGUACUGAGAAGUUGCUAAGAUGUAGAAAUGGAUUUGGGAUAUGUUGUGAAGCAUAUCAUGUAAGGAAGUUGAUUCUCUCCACUUUCUCUUUAUAUUUCUCCUCUUUAUUACUAAUGUUUUGGGGGUUAAAUGAGGUGUAUAUAAGAUAUUUGUACCCUAUCUAAUGUUACGUUUAUAUUUAUAUA